AUGAGAAGUCGCCGUUUUGGAGAUACAAUGACUUUCAUAAAUGUCACACUUCACGAGUUUCUCUAGCAAAGCCUGACCAUCACACACAUCGUUUGACUAAAUCAGAUGCACUUUUUGCAUGAGGUUUGAAGAAAAAAGGCCAGGUGUCAGUUCCUCAUUAUGGAGAAAAGAGAGAGAGUUUCAUCUGAAAUGAUGCAGGAGACUCAAAGAUCUUCAUCUCCAGAACCCAGCUGUGUGUCUCUGAAGAGUGAUGGAUCCCUACAUCAUCCUCCUGACCCCAGUGAUGAACCAGUGACCUCUGACCUCAGUGAUGAACCAGUGACCUCUGACCUCAGUGAUAAACCAGUGACCUCUGACCUCAGUGAUGAACCAGUGACCUCUGACCUCAGUGAUAAACCAGUGACCUCUGACCUCAGUGAUAAACCAGUGACCUCUGACCUCAGUGAUAAACCAGUGACCUCUGACCUCAGUGAUGAACCAGUGACCUCUGACCUCAGAGAUGAUCAGACUGGAGAUCAGGAUUCUCCUCAACCAGUGAAUGAUGAACUACAGAGAGUCAAAGACCGACUCAAAACCAGCAUGAAGAACAAGUAUGAGAGAUUAUUUGAGGGCCUGAAUCUCCAAGGGAAUGAAACCCUCCUGAACAGGAUCUACACACAGCUCUACAUCAUAGAGGGAGAGAGAGGAGGAGUGAAUGAAGAACAUGAGGUUUUACAGAUGGAGAAAACAGCCAGAACACAACACUCACAAGACACUCCAAUCUCCUGCAAUGACAUCUUUAAAGCCUCUCCUGAACCAGGACGCCAGGAGAAACAGCAGAUCAAGACUGUUCUUACUAAAGGCAUCGCUGGAAUCGGGAAAACCGUCUCUGUGCAGAAGUUCAUUCUGGACUGGGCCGAGGGGAAAGACCAUCAGGAUGUAGAUUUCAUGUUUGUGCUUCCAUUUCGAGAGCUGAACUUGAUCCGAGAUCAUCCGUACAGUCUUCACAGACUUCUGCUGGACUUUCAUCCUGAACUUCAAGAUCUGGACUCAAAGAUGUAUGAGGAGUGUAAAGUUGUGUUCAUCUUUGAUGGUCUGGAUGAAAGCAGAAUCCCACUGAUGUUUUCAGACGCUCAGGAAGUUUCUGAUGUGACUGAGACUUCAUCAGUGGGUGUGUUGAUGUCAAAGCUCAUGAAAGGAGAUCUGCUUCCCUCUGCUCUCAUCUGGAUCACCUCCAGACCAGCAGCAGCCAAUCAGAUCCCCUCCGAAUACAUCCACCGUCUGACAGAGAUUCAGGGAUUCAUUGAUCCUCAGAAGGAGGAAUAUUUCAGGAAGAGAAUCAGUGACGAGCAUCAAGCCAGCAGAAUCAUCUCUCACAUCAGAAGAGCAAGAAGCCUCCACAUCAUGUGCCAUAUACCCGUCUUCUGCUGGAUCUCCUCCACUGUGCUCCAGAAGCUCCUGGAAGAAGAUCUGAGUGCAGAAAUCCCUCAAACUCUGACUGAAAUGUACAUCCACUUCCUGCUGAUUCAGAUCCACAUGAGGAACCAGAAGUAUGAAGAGAGAGAUCCAGAGAAACUCCUGCAGUCCAACAGAGAAGUGAUUGUGAAACUUGCUGAAGUGGCUUUCCAUCAGCUGAUGAAGGGCAAUGUGAUGUUCUAUGAGGAGGACCUGAAUGAGAGCGGCAUAGACGUCACUGCCGCCUCAGUGCAUUCUGGGAUUUGCACUGAGAUCUUUAAGGAGGAAUCUGUGAUUCAUCAGAGGAAAGUCUACAGCUUCAUUCAUCUGAGCUUUCAGGAGUUUCUCGCUGCUUUCUAUGUGUUUUACUGCUAUUUAACAGAGAACAAGGAACCACUGGAGCUUCUGGAAGCAAAAUAUAAACAUGACCUUGAAUAUGAUUCUGAUUCUGAAAAUGGAUCUGAAAGUGAUUCUGACUCUGAAUAUGUUUCUGAAAGUGAUUCUGACUCUGAAAAUGGAUCUGAUGAAGUCUCUCUGUAUGAUCUACUAAGAUCAGCAGUAGAUAAAGCCCUCAAAAGUGAGAAUGGACAGCUGGAUCUGUUCCUGCGGUUCCUGCUGGGCGUCUCACUGGAGUCCAAUCAGAGACUCUUACAGGAUCUACUGACACACACAGAGAACAGCUCAGAGACCAUCAGUAGAACCACACAGCACAUUAAAGACACGAUCAAAGAUCAAUCAUCUGAUCUCUCAGCGGAUCAAUCCAUCAAUCUGUUCCUCUGUCUGCUGGAAGUGAAAGAUCAGACUCUGUCCAGAGAGAUUCAGGAGUUUGUGAAAUCAGACAAACACUCAGAGAAGGAACUCUCUCCGUCUCACUGCUCAACAAUCUCCUACAUGCUUCAGAUCUCAGAGGAGCCGCUGGAUGAGCUGAACCUCAAGAAAUACAACACAUCAGAUGAGGGCAGAAGAAGACUGGUACCAGCUGUGGUCAACUGCAGAAAAGCUCUUCUUGUUGGCUGUAAUCCCACUGGUCAGGAUUGUGAAAUUGUGUCAUCAGCUUUACAAUCCUCAAACUCUGUCCUGAGAGAGCUCCACCUGAGUAACAAUGACCUGCAUGAUUCAGGAGUGAAGAUUAUUUCUGAUGGACUGAAAAGCCCAAACUGUCAGCUGCAGAUACUGAGGUUGUCUGGCUGUAUGGUGACAGAGGAAGGCUGUGGUCAUGUGUGUUCAGCUCUGAGUUCAACCCUAUCAUACCUGUUUGAGCUGGAUCUGAGUAACAAUGACCUGCAGGAUUCAGGAGUGAAGAUUAUUUCUGAUGGACUGAAAAGUCCAAACUGUCAGCUGCAGAUACUGAGGUUGUCUGGCUGUAUGGUGACAGAGGAAGGCUGUGGUUAUGUGUCUUCAGCUCUGAGUUCAAACCCAUCACACCUGAGAGAGCUGGAUCUGAGUAACAAUGACUUGCAGGAUUCAGGAGUGAAGCUGCUCUCUGAUGGACUGAAAAGCCCAAACUGUCAGCUGCAGAUUCUGAGGUUGUCUGGCUGUAUGGUGACAGAGGAAGGCUGUGGUUAUGUGUCUUCAGCUCUGAGUUCAAACCCAUCACACCUGAGAGAGCUGGAUCUGAGCUACAAUCACCCAGGAGAAUCAGGAGUCAAGCUGCUCUCUGACAAACUGAAGGAUCCAAACUGCUCACUCCAGAUACUCAAUGUGGAUCAUUGUGGAGAGUUCAGGAUUACAGCAGGAAUACACAAAUACGCCUGUGAUCUCACACUGGAUCCACACACAGCACACACUCGACUCAUUCUGUCUGAUGAGAACAGGACAGUGACGCGUGUGAAAGAGCCUCAGUCGUAUCCUGAUCUUUCAGAGAGAUUUAAUGAGGUUCUUCAGGUUCUGUGUGGAGAGAGUCUGACUGGACGCUGUUACUGGGAGGCUGAAUGGAGCGGGAGAGAUGCUGAGAUAUCAGUGUCAUAUAAAGGAAUCAGCAGGAAAGGAGGGAGUAAAGACUGUAUGUUUGGAUGGAAUGAUAAAUCCUGGAGUCUGGACUGCUCUGAUAACAGAUUCUCUGUCUGGCACAAUGAUAACCGCACUGAUAUUCCUGUCGUCUCUUCAUCCUGUAAGAGAGUAGGAGUGUGUGUGGACGUGUCGGCCGGCACUCUGUCCUUCUACAGCGUCUCUGACACACACACACUCACACACUUACACACACUCUACACCACAUUCACUGAACCCCUCUAUGCUGGAUUUGGGGUUUAUGAUGAGUCUUCAGUGUCUCUGUGUGACAUUAAACAGCGUCCUGAGAGAAACAACAGUGACACACACACACCCGGGUUCUCUGAGCCCAAACCUUCUGGGCUGGAUAUUCACCCGCUGCUGAACUGCCAGUCUUGUGUCCAUAUAGCUGAUUCUGACCAGUGGCUUCAGAUUGAGCCGUCGGCCUGUACAGAUGAAGGAGGGUCAAAGUUCAGGGUCCGCACUGGCCCAGGCCGUUACGAGUGUGUCAGGACCAGAAUGCGAUGGGUCUGUGCCUGUGUCGUCAGCCUUCAGUACCGGACCGUAGACGGACUCUUCCUCAACGCAGAGCUGGAGAGGCUGCACUGCAACCGGAUCGCUCCAGUGAUGGACGUGACGGUGAUCUCAGGGAAACUGGAGGAAGUUCAUCUGCCCCAUUACGCCUGUUUAGGAGAGUCUGACCCCUCUCUCAAAGAUGCUGUGAAAGUGCUCACCGUAAGAGACGAGGGAAUAACCACAGAACCUGUGCAGAUGACCCGAUUCCAUGCCAAGAUUUUCCAGCCAUCCUUCUCUAUUACAACAUUGAUUAUAAGUUGGAUAAUGAGAUGGAACGAACACUGCGAUCUUCUUCUCUACAUGUGUUCUAAAGAUCCUCUCAUUCUACAUCUCUACCUUUUUCCAGUUGAUGAUUGUGCAAAAAAAAAAGUUGAGGAAACUGAAAAGUCAUUUUCAUCAUGCAUCAUCAGGCAUCCCAGACCUGGCAGGCCACUCCGGAUUAACACGCCACACACACUUGCUGUCCCUGGUGCCUCUAUCCAUCCCAGAGAAGGGAUCACACUCACAAGAGAAACUGACCCAAACUUCUUCAAGGUCAACACAAGUCUGGAGAAUGAUCUUCAAAUGACUCUCAUCAGAGAAGAGGAUAAGGAGGAGGUCUGGAGUGCAACGAUAAAGAAAGAAGAACUUAAGAAAUAUGAGCAACUUCGUCCUAAGAGAGACGAGCCGCGUCUGAAUAGUGAGGAAGUGAAUCAGCGAAGGAAUAUGGCGUCUGUUAAAGAGCUACUCGUGAACUCACUGAGGGAUCUAGGAAAAGAUGAUCUGAAGCAGUUUCAGUGGCACUUGAAGAAUCAUGAGCAUAUUACAGCUUCUGAAAUGGAGAACGCAGAUGUCUUUGACACAGUGGACACGAUGGUGGCACGUUUAGGACCAGAAGAAGCUGUGAAGAUCACAGUGAACAUCCUGAGGAAGAUCAACCAGAAUUAUCUGGCUAAAGAGUUGGAGAAAAAACACAAGGAAGCUCAGACUGAGGGCAACAUGAAGUCUUCUUCCACUUGCUGAUUCAAAACAGAUCAAGGGUUCUCUGACCUCAAUAAGCAUCGGGAGAAUGAUCUUCAAAUGAGAGAGGAGGAUCAAACGAGUCUCCACUGCAACCACUGAGAAAGACACUGCGUCUGAAUAGUGAGGCAGAUAAAGCUUAAUUCUUAAAUAACUGGCCAGAUCUCAUUCAGAGAGAUAAAUAUAUUGGGAACAUUGCAGAUGAACUGCUUCAUCAGAACAUAAUGAAUGAGGGACAAUAUUCAGAAACCACACAUGCCAGUUUAACCAGUGAGAAGAGCGUGAGAGAGAUCUGUGAUAUUAUACGUAAGCACAGUGACCCGGUGAAAACUAAAUUCAUCUGGAUUCUUCAGGAAGAGGAGCUUUACCUUUUCGAUCAUUGGUUUGAUUCUCCACCGUGAGCUCGAGCUGCAGGUGUUUAAAACUGC